UACGUCACAGCAUCAUCCCUAAUUCUCUACUGCCCACAAAAAACACUCUCUCUUUCCUGCAAAUCCGUGUCUAGACUCUAACAUUCGCAUGGAUUCUCCUGUAAAUGUCCCGAGAUGGACGCCAAGCCCGAGCCCGACAUCGAGGCUCAUCAACGUGAGCAGCUACAAAGAUCAGGGCAGCUCUGCUUCUUCACAAGCAACGUCGAAGAGCUCGAAACGGUGGUUUCCAUUUGGCAACGGUUACCCGUCGUCGUCGCUGAAAGCGGGUUCGGAUAUCGUAAGGUCGAUGGAUAUGGAGAUAUCGUCGUCGCGUGGGGAAGAGACUGAUGGUUUGGGGAGAAAUAGUGGGGUUUACUUGACGUGGAAGGACUUGUGGGUGACGGUGGCGGACAAGACGGCGCCGGAGGGGGAACGGCGGCACAUCUUGCACGGGGUCACCGGGUACGCAGAGCCCGGCGAGGUGUUGGCCAUCAUGGGGCCUUCUGGCUGUGGCAAGUCGACUCUUCUUGAUGCAUUGGCAGGAAGGUUGGAUUCAAAUACAAGACAGAAGGGAGAUAUUCUCAUCAAUGGCCGCAAGCAAUCACUAGCAUUUGGCACUUCUGCCUAUGUGACUCAAGACGAUACUUUAAUGACAACUUUAACAGUAAGGGAAGCCGUUUACUACUCUGCUUUUCUCCAACUCCCGGACACUAUGUCCAAAUCAGACAAGCAGGAAAGAGCCGAAGCUACGAUCAAGGAGAUGGGCUUACAAGACUCCACCGACACAAGAAUUGGAGGGUGGCAUGUAAAAGGACUUAGUGGUGGCCAAAAGAGGAGAGUGAGCAUUUGCAUUGAAAUCUUGACACGCCCUAAACUUCUUUUCUUGGAUGAGCCUACUAGUGGUUUGGAUAGUGCGGCUUCUUACCACGUCAUGAGUCGUAUCAUCAGUGUCGCGCAACAAGAUAGAAGAACAGUCGUCGCCUCCAUCCAUCAACCGAGUGGGGAAGUCUUUGAGCUGUUCCACAAUCUUUGCCUCUUGUCCUCUGGGAGAAUAAUUUACUUUGGUUCUGUUUCAACCGCAAAUGAGUUUUUCGCUUUAAAUGGCUUCCCUUGUCCACCCAUGAGGAAUCCAUCGGACCACUACCUCAGGACAAUCAACAAAGACUUUGAUGCUGAUAUAGAACAAGGAUUGGGUGGAAGGGUAACUGCCGAUGAAGCUAUCAGUGUUCUUGCUAAGUCAUACAAGUCAUCAGAAGCUCAUCAACAAGUACAAACACGAGUAAAUAAUAUAUGCCAUGAGAAUGGAGGGCCGUUGGAGAAGAAGGGAAGUCAGGCAGGGUUCAUUACUCAAUGCCUUAUUUUAACUCAGAGAUCUUUCAUAAAUAUGCAUCGUGACGUGGGCUAUUACUGGUUUCGAUUAGCCAUAUAUGUCGCCCUGUCCAUGUGUGUUGGAACAAUAUUUUACAAAAUUGGCCACAGUUAUGGAUCCAUUCAGGCUAGAGGCUCAGUACUAAUGUUUGUUGGAACAUUCAUGACAUUUAUGGCAAUAGGUGGCUUCCCUUCUUUUGUGGAGGACAUGAAAAUUUUCACUCGUGAAAGACUAAACGGGCACUAUGGCGUGGUUGCAUUUGUUGUAGGAAACACAAUUUCUUCCAUUCCAUACUUGUUUUUGGUCUCAAUUAUACCAGGGGCAAUAGCCUAUUACCUAGUCGGCUUUCAAAAGGGCAUAGACCACUUCAUAUACUUCACACUAUUACUAUUCGGGUGCAUGAUGUUGGUCGAGAGCCUAAUGAUGGUCAUUGCUAGCGUUGUGCCCAACUUCCUCAUGGGGAUCAUAGCCGGGGCCGGGAUUCAGGGCGUGAUGAUACUCAAUGGGGGCUUCUUCCGGCUCCCGCAUGACAUUCCCAAACCCUUUUGGAAGUAUCCUGUAUUCUACAUCACGUUUCACAAGUACGCAAAUCAAGGGUUCUAUAAGAAUGAGUUUGAAGGGCUCAACUUUCCUAAUCAAGUGCAAGUGGGAGGGCCAUCUACCAUCAGUGGUGAUGAGAUCUUGAGAAAUAUUUGGCAAGUAGAGAUGGGGUACUCUAAGUGGAUUGAUUUGGCUAUUAUUUUAGGUAUGGUGGUUAUGUAUAGGGUUAUGUUUUGGGGAAUCAUCAAGGCUCAAGAAAAGUUGAAGCCUAUGAUUAGAGCUUUUGUUGUUGGUUAUGCAAAAUAAAAACCAAAAAUUACUGUAUGCAUUGAUUGUGUGAAUUGGAGAUGUGGGAUCAAUGGUCUCUUCAUCUUUUUUUCACUUUGUUUAGGAACAUCAUCGUAUUCCCAUGAGUAUUUGGAUGGGACAUGUUUGGUUUCAUUUU